AUGAUGCGUUACAAUGUUGUCCAAGUCGCUGGUGGAACAACAAGCAGCGCGAAUCGUCUCCUGAGAGAUCGCCGCUCGGGUCAUAAGGACGACAGCCCCCACAACUACCCUGUGCAAUGUAGCAUUACUCCGCACGGUCAAAGGUGGCCUGGGACACGAUCUCCGAAAAGUCUUCGAGCACACGCACACAAGGAGCUGUGCCUGGCGGCCGCUCACACCCGAUACAUAACUCGGCCUGUUCCUGCGACCAGGGAUGGCGGUGGACAGGAGGACUGGCCACUUGAGCUUGUGCUCCUCUGCCUGUCACACCGACUAACAUGGCGUCUUCGUCGCAACCGACCGUGCCGCCCCAGCGGGGCCUGCGUGGAUGCCGGUGAGCGGAGUACCCUGUGGGCAUGCUCUGUUGUGUGCUGCCAAGCUCUCGAAGUUGGCAACUAA